AUGGACCAAGUCACGAAGUUAUGUAACCCUGGAAGUGUGAUCACUGAAGAAGCCAGUUGGUUUGCAGGCGAAAGACCUUACCGAUGCGUGAUUGAAGGAUGUUCCAAGUCAUUCAGACAGCUUUCAAGUUUGCAGCAACACUUGAAAGGCCAUAACUUGAAUAACAGUCCAAAUCAAAGCCUAACUACGAACGUAGAAUUAAAAUCUUCCGAAUCACCUUCUACUUCUAAUAAGGAUUUAGUCCUGCCAAGACCCCACGAUUUAACAUGUCAGGUCUGUGAAAAGCACUGUUCGAGUGACCAACGAUUUUAUCGUCACAUGCAUAAAUAUCAUCCGGAUUUCUGGAGAGUUUUUUCUGGAGGUGUUCCUCUUUCUGAAUUUUUAGAAACAACUUCUAACAAUUCAGCAAAAGAUAGUCCGUUUUUGUGCUCAAUUUGUAACAAAAGGUACAUUCAUAAAACUGGAUAUAUGAAGCACAUGACAAGUCAUAUUUUGCCACAAAAGCAUCCCCGAUCACCGGAAGGAAUGGAAAGGUCGGAAUGUUCAGUUUGCAAGAGAAUAUUUUCUAAAGAAGCAUAUUUACUUCGACAUCUAGAAAUGAAAACAGACAGUGAACAUAACGCAUUUCUCAGCGAAAUUAGAAAAAUUGGUUUUAACCAAGAAUUUCAAGCCAAAUUUAGCGAUCGCCCCAAACCUGUCUGGCACGAUAAUUCUAAUCCUUUUAUUAUGUGCCUUCCUGGUGCCGAAGAAUUCAAAAAUUUUCAAUACAAUCAAAAUGGACAUUAUAACAUUUCGCAUCCCGUACCUUUCAACAUUUCCCCUGACCAACACAAAACCGAUUACAUGCCAUCGCUUGUGCCCACCACUUCAACUGAUUCGUUGAGACCUUAUCCAAUGAGUCAAGAUAAAAUAUUUUGUCAAACAAACAGUUUUCUGAACCCAAGUGCUAGAGUCGAUGAUAAAUCCUUUUACCAAGACUCUAUAUUUUCACCCAAUAGAUCUGAAGUCUCAAAUGGAGCUGAAAGCAACUCCACAUACAUCCAUCACCAACAUGGUUAUUUUUCGCACCAGUCCAGUUUUAACGUGUGCAAGGUCGGUACUUACUCGUUAUCUGAUUCUCUAGAGAGCAAUUUCAACGUACAGAAACAUUUGACAAACAGCAAUAUUUCUUCGCCCACCAACUUGUUUGAUCCUUACUUUGGUAGACCUUCCAUCUCACAGCACGAUAUGGCAUCGGCUCUUCAACAUCUAUCAAGAUUCACGACCUUCAGAUAG